AUGUACAUGCAGAACCAUCGCUGCAAAGUCACUGGAAGUACUUCCACCAAGAAGCUCGGCAAGCCUAAGCCUCCUGUCUACUGCCGUGACAACCCUACCAAGUGUGUCCCUGGACCCAAGCAGAUGAUGGCAUGGAACCAGGCUGAAGGCAACAACGUCAACCCCCCAAAUGGCAAGACUCCUACUUACAACCAGCGAAUGGGUUUCAUGGAUGGCGCUCAGGAUGAUAUCUUUGUCGAUAUAUAG